AUGGCAGCACCACCAAAGGGACAUGCGCCGAACCUUGAGAAGUUCCUCAAGUCGCUUAAGGGGCGACCGCUUGAGGCCUCGAUAGAAUCGCUCAUAUCCCUACUCAAGCGGAGACAAAUCACCGGCGCCGACAAAUGCGCAAUCGCGACAGCCCACAUCCUCCUCCACGUUGUUGCGAAGUCAAAGUGGUCCAAUGUCGACCAGCUGCUUGAUCGUGUCGAGAGCGUCGGCCGGAAGCUCGUCCUCGCGCGGCCUCAAGAGCUGGUGAUCGGCAACGUUGUGCGCCGCGUCUUGGGCCUCAUCCGCGACGAAGCCGAGGAGGACCGCGGCGGAAACGCUGACGACUCUAUGUCUGACGUCUCGGCCCUGCCUGGUGACGAGCCACAUUCGAUCUCUGCAGAUGCCUCGCCUCCGUCUCGACCGCCCCCUCGCAUGGGCUUGCUCACCUCCACGAGUUCCUUCCACGUCCCACAGUCCAUGUUCAAUUUGCUCGCCAACUCGCCCAAGCUGGACCGAAGCUCGGCAGGAUCGCCUUUUGGAAGAGGGUCUGGUUCCUCUACGCCCAUGUCACAUGCGCAAGUCGCCAACAACUCCGCUCUCCGCUCGGAGGUCAUUGAUGGUAUCGAGGAAAUCAAGGACGAGAUCAGCCAAGUAGAUGACCAGAUUGCGAGCUUCGCCGAAGUGCAGAUACACCCCGGACACCACGUCCUAGUCUACAAGCCGAGCCCGACGGUCGAGAGGUUUCUGAUUGCGGCCGCUAAGAGGAGGAAAUUCACCGUCUUCAUUGCCGGUGCCGCAAUUGCCAAGGCAUCUGAAGAGCCACCGUACGCGGCUUUGCGCAAACAGCUGAGCAAGUUCGGUGUCAAUACCAUCAACAUUGCGGGUAGCGGUAUCACGGCGUAUAUGGCCAGGAUCAACGUGGUGAUCAUCGAUGCUGAAGCCGUAACCGCCAAUGGAUCGGUCAUUGCCGUUGGAGGUGCUGCCAUGGUUGCGAGGGCUGCGCGUGAAUUCAGCAAGACAGUGAUCGUUCUGGGCGGCGUGUUCAAGCUCUGUCCCGAUGACGAACCAGAUUUGAAUGCACUCGUCCAGGUCGGUGACCCCAUGGACCUGGUCAGUUACGAUGGCCACAUGGUCGACAUUGAUGUUGCGACUACAAGCUCCGAGUACAUCGUACCCGACUUGGUAGACAUCUACAUCACGAAUCUGGGACCACAUUCUCGAGACCAUCUCCAAGGCGUUGUUGCUGAUCAUUACAAAAUCGAAGACGUGGACUUUCUAAUCCAGUGA